AUUCCGCAUGUUCGUAGUAUUCAUAGUCGUGUUUCUGUAGUCAGCUUUGUAGUUAUUUUUGGCGAAUCCAGUCUCACAUUUUACAAUUUAAAGUUCUACAGUUUCAUCCUGAAAGUUUUACAUACAAGUUGAAACUAUUAUAUUGGUCACCAGAAUUGCAAUGUAUAUUACAACAGUUGAGGUGGAAUGUCAAUCUAAACUGAUUAUCACUGAUAAGAAUAUAAUCCAAGUAUUCUCGAUAUGACAAAUAAUUUGCAACGGAGUUGUUUUGGUAAACUAACUACAAAAGGUGUGCAACAUCAGGAUUCUGAGUGAACUGAAUUUAUUUAUGUUUGUUUAUUUUCUAAAUUAAAUUAUAUUUUAUAUAACAUAGUUUGAAGUACAUAUCUAUUUCAAUGGGUGACAAUUCAUGCGAAAUAUGUCACUCCGUUGCGAAAUAUAAAUGUUCAAAAUGUAACAAAACUCACUAUUGCUGCAAGGAGCAUCAAAUCCAAGAUUGGCCCGUGCAUAAAGGAGAUUGCCAACCAUGCAAAGUUAUUCAUAAUUCAGCCAAAGGAAAUAUAUUAAUUGCGACAAGGGUAAUUACAACGUGGUCCACGAUAGAGAAAGAACGACCCCUUAUUGUUCUUCCAUAUUCUGGAAACGAUAACAGAAAUGGGUCCAUGGAUGAAAUGUGCAUCGGUUGCUUCAAAGUUAUUAAUCCGCAGGUGAAUAAAACUUGCUCAAAAUGUGGGUGGCCUGUUUGUGGGCCCACGUGCGAAUUGAUUCCUGAUCACGCCCGGAAUGAAUGCCACAUUCUAGCCAAGUCUCAAUUCAUUCCGUCAUUGUAUGGAUCAUGUAUGGUUAUACAAGUGCUGAGAUGUCUCCUUCUGAAGGAAGAACAUCCCAAAAGGUAUCAAACGUUGAUUGGAAUGGAAUCAAAUUAUGCCAACCGAAUGGACGAUCCUCGUUCUAGUUUUAAAAGUGUACAUACGACGGAAGCAAUCAAAAAAUAUUUUCAUGAGGAUAUCACCAUUGAGGAAAAGGACGUUGCAAUAUUAUUGGGUAUUAUCAGUAGCAAUGGCUUAUCUCAAAUGGCAGACGUAAUCGAGAGGAAUGAUGAGAGAUUCACCAUGUACGUUUACUACUACGCUUGUAUAGCUAGUCACAGUUGCGUUCCAAAUGCAAGGUCAGUAAUACGAGAUACCGGACGCCUCGAGCUUAUCGCGACGCGACCAAUUCAACCCGGGGAGGAAAUAACAAUUUCAUACAUUGCACUCUUAAAUGGAACAUUGCAGAGGAAGGAGUCGUGUGCACGUUACUAUUUCACGUGCGAUUGUCCUCGUUGCGUCGACCCGACAGAGCUGGGGACACAUUUUUCUUCCAUAAAAUGCCAACAGUGUAGAACUGGAUAUAUUUCUCUGCACAUGGGAAACUCAGCGAUGGUCCAAUGGAUUUGCGGGGAUUGCUCUCAAACACGACCAAUCGACCAAGUGGAGGAUGUAUUGGACUACUUUGACAUGGAGUCAAAAUUAUCCUGUGAUUUACAAGAGUGUAGUAUGAGAACGGUUAAGCAGUUUGAAUCCAUUUUAACAAGAUAUGAAGGAAAAGUCUUGCAUGAAAACCAUUAUUUGCUCUACGCUUUUAGAGAAGACUUUAUUCGAGUCAUGUACAAGUUUCUUGAACAGGGUCCUAAUGGUUGGAAUACGUCCAAGAGGACGGCACGUGAUGUGAAAAUCAUUAAGACCAAGAUGGUCAAGAUUGUGAGGAUGUUGCUUAAAACGGUCAACGUUUUUACGCCAGGGCCACGAUCAUUGCGAGGAAAACUUUUAUACUAUUUGUGCAUCGGAUUGCGGGAUAAGGACGCCCUUAACCAGAAUGAUGGAAGCUCAAUGGGAUACAACAAUUUAAAUGAUAAAGGUGUCGCGCAAGAUUACAAAGUACAGAUUCACAACGUGGCACCUGAAUUAAAAACAACAGCUAUUGAAGCCAUUAAAAUUUUAUCCUUGGAACCUCAAGGAACCGAGGAUGCAUUAUUUGUUGUCGAACUGAAAAAAAUAUUAGGAACGGAGUAAAAUACGGAAUAAAUACAAUAUUUACAUACAUACGUGAAUGCGUUUCUUGGGAGUAUUUAUGGAUACUAAAACUGUUUUUAAAUGCAACAUUUUUGGUAACUAAUAAAUAGUAAAAAAAACAA